UUUAAUGAUAUAUUUAAUAAUUUCGAACUAAAUUACUUUCUUAUGUGUUGAAAUACAAAUCAAUACUGGUCCUACAGUGUCCAGUAUUAACUAGUUUGAUUUGUUGUAUUUUAUUAAUAGCCUAAUCUCCUUUAAAUUCUACCAUCCAAUUGCAAUGUGCUCUUUUUUUGAAAACCAUGACUUUCUGGUAGAUUUUGAAAUGUCUUUUCUGUUGAUAAUUUGAAAAAUAACAAUAUUCCAUUUCCUGUACUCACGCUGGUGGGGUGGAUGAGCGGUAAGGGAAGCAGGGACAGCGGGAUGAACACCACGAGGAUCAGCUUCCGCGCCAUCCAUAGCUUCUUGAACACAUCCAUCCUAGCUGUGGCCUCUAGCCUCAUGGAUGACCCGGGGCUCUGGAUCGGACUGGCCACAACUCAGCAGAACCGGGUGUGAAAGUCACCAACCGGAGGGUCUCACACCACCACUGGCCGGAGGAGCCAGAGGGAAGACGUCUCCUGGGAGCGCGUGAAGUUCUGCUUUGGCUGUGCGCUUUUACGCACAGACCGCGGACGGUGACAGGACCUGUGCGUGGCUUCUGUGAGCUUCUCGCAGCACGGCAGCAUCAUGAGUGGGAGCGCAGAGGGGGUUUUCCUCUCUCCGUCAAGGGACUGAGGAGGACAGAAAAGAAGAUAAAAGAAGAAGAAGAAGGGGAAAGGAGUGGGAAAAACUAGAAGGGGGAGACAGGAAAAAACAGAGAAUGCUGUGAAUCCCUCCUCCUUCCUUCCUCUUGCAGAGCUCUUCUCCUUCUUCAUCACCUGACCCCAUGUCUCCCGAAGUGGGACCCGCCGCUCGGAGCACAGGCGGCCACCUCUGGAUGCUCCUGUGCCCGCUGCUCUGUGCUCUGGUCCUGGCUGGGGGCUCCACGCUGAGCUCAGAGGACUCGCAGAGCACCGCUGGCACGUCGGCUCCGCCGGAGGACUGGACCAGCACGGAGAUCCGGCUGCAGCCAGACCUGCAGACAGAGACGGAGGCACAGACGGAGGCUCUGCCAACUCAGAGCACCACCAGCAACUAUACAGGUCUGUUCUGUAUCCCCGUCCUGCCGCCACGUCGGGGUUCCUUCUACGUGGAGAGCGGCACGGGCAUGUCGAUCGGCAGCGUGCUGGCCUUCUGGUGCAGGGAGGGAUACCAGCUGGUCGGCAGCGAAAAAAUCUACUGCAAUGUCAGGAACGGAAAACCGCAGUGGAGCAACUACCUGCCCGUCUGCGAAGCGAUCCCCAGACCUGAGGACCGUGGUCUGAGAGUGGCUGUGUUGGCUUCAGUGGUCAGUGGCAUUGUCAUCCUCGCCAUGUCCCUGUCCUUCCUCAUCUGCUGCCUGCAGGAACGAUCCAGUCGGUACCGAGCCAAGAAAGAGGGACAGAGCAGGCGCAGAGACAAGCGCUCGUCCCGUCGCAGCGAGUGUUGGCUGGAGAGAGAAGAGGGUGAGUGGGAAGCUUUCCCUCCUCCCAAGAUCUUCCAUCUCUCCCAGAGGAUGAACCCCCGUCUGGCUCCAGACAGCCCCCUCUACCUCACCGGAGGGCUCGGUGGAUAUGAGAACAGAGGAUACCAGAGGAGUCAGGAGAGUUUGCUGAAGGCCUCCCUGCCCGGACUCUACCGCUCCGAGUCCCAGCUUUACCCACACGUCGUCCUGCAGAGGGUCCCGACUCCGACGGCACCCUCCGCCCCUUCCGCUCCAUCCGCCCCACUCUACCUCCACCUGCCCUCCACUGCCUCCUCGCCCGCCCACGUGACCACCCACGGUCAGCCUCACCUCAUGGCGCAAUACCCUACGCCGACAUACCCGCCCUACCCCAACACGGCGGUUCCUGCAUACCACCCGGCACCGGCACCCAUCUACCCCAACCCCAACCCGACACCACAGCGGCCAUGGCAGUAGCCACGCCUUCCACUUUCCACAGUUACAGGACGCUGUGACGUCCCCCGAUGAAGCCGUUGGAGCGUUUUUGGAGAUACUCCUCCUCAUCCCCGUUUUUUCCCGGAGAAAAGGCUGCAAAUGCAAAGCAAAACUGGAGAUGCAGCCAGUGUAGAAGUCGCCUCUUUUACUGCAUGCUUGCUGAACGUCUCCCGUAGUUUGGACUUAACAGGAACUGAACACUCUAGAUGUCCUUAAUUCUUGCUGAACUGCUGCUGCUGUUCCCUUUAAGAGCACUUCUGUGGAGAAAGUCUUGCUUUCUUUUAGCCGUCAGAAAUUAGAAGACAAGCUUCAAGUAGCUGGUCGACAAGGGAAAACAGGACGUUUUGUUUGAAGGUGUACUAAUGCAGUUCAACCGUUGACAUUUAUGAAGGAUAGGAAGGCUCUGAAAGGACUUUGAUGAUGGCCGCCACUGUUUAGGCAGCUCAAAUCUCUCAGCAGUCUUUGUUUUUUAAUAGUUUAAGAAAAGGAUCCCUAUCAGGCUUCCUGAAGUCCACGCCAUCUACUCUAGACAUACAGUAUACAUAUGUUGUUGUUAGCUAAAGACUUAACAUGAAAUUCUGAAAUCUGAUGUGUGUUGAUCUUGUUAAUAUGUAUUUUCUUACACUGUGGAGUAGCAAACACCGCAAAAAUGCCAGUGCUGCUGCAGCCACUGAAUGCAGCCAACUUUGUGUUGUUCGUGUGGAUUUAAAGACACAUGUGAUCGUUGACCCUUUCUUUCUCACCAGAAUCUUGAACUAAAUGUCAAAGAAGAAGGUUUUAUUUUUCUGUUUGUACUGCAGCAACUCAUUCUGUCACAAUUAUUGAUGUCUUAUGGUCGUCAGUUUAAAGUCAUUCAGAGCCCCUGGUGGGUUUAGGAACAUGGAGAAUAUACAUGACUGGUAUACAUGACUGGAAAACUGAGAUGGGUCAAAUAAUAACUGCAAAUACUGAUCACAACUUGACUUUAUUAAAGGCUUCCAGGUAGGUUCAGAUAAUAUGCUGAAAAUCAUGUCAAACUCAAUUUCAAGAGAAGCUCUUGCAUGAUGUAAACUAAGGUUUUCUGUGUAAUCAUAAGGAGGUCAGACUGCUGUUUUGUUCUUGAUGCACUAGAAACACAAGAUGCACUGACAUGUAAAGUUGGAGCAGCGAGGUGGAGAAACCUCUGGACCGUGCCGACCUAUGAACUCUGAUUCGCUUGAGUUCUCGAAAGCAUCCGCUGCAGCUUUUACAGCUAAUGUGGAUAUUGCUCCUGAUAAAAAAUGUUAUCUUUAAAUGAAUAAGGAACCUUUAUUAUUCCAGUAUGUACAUAUAUUUUAAUCAUAAACUCUGUCUGAGAGCCCCUUUAAUGUUGCUUUAGUCAGUUCACACUCUAGCAGUGAGCUGUCUUAUUUUUUACAGAAGGACUCGAGUAGACACACUAACAAAUCUGCACUUUACACUUUUUGAAGGGGGAAUUUUUAAACCUUUACUGUAAACAAAUUGUUGUAUAAUAAUAUUAAUAAUAAUACUGCCAUAAAAGCUGAAUAAAUAGACUCUUGUUGAGUUGAACAGUU